AUGGACUGGGACAUUCCUCCUACAGUUGAAGACGAUGUUUUCGGCCUCGGGACUUUGAUCUACUUUAUUAUGACUGGAGUUUAUCCAUACAAGGAGACGCCAAGUGAUGAAGUGGAAAAGUCAUUUAUGGAAGGAGAAUUCCCUGAUACCAGUGACAUUAUAUGUGGUGAUAUAAUAUACCAAUGCUGGCACCAAAAGACAACUGCUGGAGCAGUAUCCACCAUGCUGGAACACAUUUCACACCAACAUAAUGCCAGGGAGAUACCAAGUUUGUGA